UUUUUAGCUUGCUUUCUAGCUAGUUAGACAUCAUACAGUCAUUGAGUUAGACUAACUCCGUUGUGUGUGCCGUGCUAACUCACUGGCUUGAUAGCAAACAAGCUAACGUUAGCGCUUUUCAAUUAUUGAUUGGAUAUAGUGCUUUUGUAAACGUAGUUAUGACAUUAUUUUUAGUUGAAUGCUUUCCCAACGUUUUUAAAUCAGUUUUUGCCAUCGAGCUACCUUAGAAAAUGAACCAGUGUGUUAGUUAGCUAGGAAGCAAAACGUUAUUUUGUAAUGCGUUAGCUAAGUUGGCUAACGUUAGCUAGUAUAAUGGUCCCAGCGUUCCAAGCGUAGGAACCAUUGAUAAUUUCAUACUACUUCUCCGUAGGGUUUUCAGCGGUUUGCCUCGUCCACGGUUGGCUCCAUGUGAACUACAAUUCCGACGCAUUUACGUCUAUCAUCCCUUGCUAAAAUGUUUUCUGAACAUAUGCUGAUAUGCCACUGUAAUAUCAGCGAGAAAGACUUUAUAAUAAAACAUAUACACUUAGCUACUGUAGCAGUUUUGCACAGAUCCAUAUGCUGUGUUCCAGAAAUCAAAUCAAUCAAAUGUAUUUAUAUAGCCCUUCUUACAUCAACUGAUAUCUCAAAGUACUGUACAGAAACACAGCCUAAAACCCCAAACAGCAAGCAAUGCAGGUGUAGAAGCACGGUGGCUAGGAAAAACUCUAUAGAAAGGCCAAAACCUAGGAAGAAGCCUAGAGAGGAACCAGGCUAUGAGGGUUGGCCAGUCCUCUUCUGGCUGUGCCGGGUGGAGAUUAUAAAAUACCAACCUUACCAUUAUGAUUGUUUACAAUUCGCUGCACUGGGGUAGGAAUGCAAUGUGGAGGCGUGUAAGAUAUAGGUCGGAAAAUGCACCUUUGUGCAGGGAUGGGAUAUGCCACUGUGCCCCAAAUUGUACCUUUAUCCAUAACUGAUACAGCAAGAAGAUUGAAAUAAUGCUUGUUUUCCUGUAAAACUGCCCUUCUAGUCCUCAUACUAGCUAGCGUUUUGGAUGGUGUUAGCCAAUCAGCUCCUUUGUUCUACGUGAAGUGCCAUUACACAAUGGCUGCUGUGGCUACCGCUCGCUAGCAUGAGAACAAAAAGGGCACUUUACCAGAACUAAAUACAGUUGAAGUGAGAAGUUUACAUUGUUAAAUUUCUUGUCAACAAACUAUAGUUUUGUCAAGUUAGUUAGGACAUCUACUUUUGCUUGACACCAGUAAUUUUUCCAGCAAUUGUUUAGACAGAUUAUUUCACUUAAUUCACUGUCACAAUUCCAGUGGGUCAGACGUUUACACACACUAAGUUGACUGUGCCUUUAAACAGCUUGGAAAAUUCCAGAAAAUGAUGUCAUGGCUUUAGAAACUUCUGAUAGGCUGAUUGACAUAAUUUGAGUCAGUUGGAGGUGUACCUGUGGAUGUAUUUCAAGGGCUACCUUCAAUCUCUGUGCCUCUUUGCUUGACAUCAUGGGGAAAUCAGCCAAGACCCCAGAAUUUUUUUUGUAGACAUCCACAAGUCUGGUUCAUCCUUGGGAGCAUUUUCCAAAUGCCUGAAGGUACCCAGUUCAUCUGUACAAACAAUAGUACGCAAGUAUAAACACCAUGGGACCACGCAUCCGCCGUACCGCUCAGGAAGGAGACGCGUUCUGUCCUAGAGAUGAACGUACUUUAGUGCGAAAAGUGCAAAUCAAUCCCAGAACAACAGCAAAAGACCUUGUGAAGAUGCUGGAGGAAACGGGUACAAAAGUAUUUAUAUUCACAGUAAAACGAGUCCUAUAUCGACAUAACCUGAAAGGCUGCUCAGCAAAGAAGCCACUGCUCCAAACCCGCCAUAAAAAAGCCAGACUAUGGUUUGCAACUGCACAUGGGGACAAAUAUUGUACUUUUGGAGAAAUGUCUUCUGGUCUGAUGAAUCAUAAAUAGAACUGUUUGGCCGUAAUGACCAUUGUUUAGAGGAAAAUGUGGGAGGCUUGCAAGCCGAAGAACACCAUCCCAACCGUGAAGCACGGGGGUGGCAGCGUCAUGUUGUGGGGGUGCUUUGCUGCAGGAGGGACUGGUGCACUUGACAAAAUAGAUGGCAUCAUGAGGAAGGGGAAAAGAUGUGGAUAUAUUGAAGCAACAUCUCAAGACAUCAGUCAGGAAGUUAAAGCUUGCUCGCAAAUUGGUCUUCCAAAUGGACAAUGACCCCAAGCAUACUUCCAAAGCUGUAGCAAAUGGCUUAAGGACAACAAAGUCAAGGUAUUGGAGUGGCCACCACAAAGCCCUGACCUCAAUCCUAUAGAAAAUUUGUGGGCAGAACAGAAAAGGUGUGUGUCAGCAAGGAAACCUACAAGUACACCAGCUCUGUCAGGGGGAAUGGGCCAAAAUUCAGCCAACUUAUUGUGCGAAGCUCGUGGAAGGCUACCUGAAAUGUUUGACCCAAGUUAAACAAUUUAAAGGCAAUGCUACCAAAUACUAAUUGAGUGUGUGUGAACUUCUGGCCCACUGUGAAUGUGAUGAAAGAAAUAAAAGCUGAAAUAAAUCAUUCUCUACUAUUAAUAUGACAUUUCACUUUCUUAAAAUAAAGUGGUGAUCCUAACUGACCUAUGACAGGGAUUUUUUUUAUGAGGAUUUAAUGUCAGGAAUUGUGAAACUGAGUUUACAUGUAUUUGACUAAGGUGUAUGUAAACUUCCGACUUCAACUGUAUUUAUACAUUGUGGAUAAAGGUACAGUAGCAUAUCCCAUUCAUGCAUUAAGGUAAGUUUUCCAAGCCCAGUGCAGCUCACUGAACAAGUGUAACGGUAGGGUAUUUUCUAGCAACCAUCCGAUGAACUAUACUUUCGCGAAAACUGUUCGAUCACGCUAGAUAACUAGUAGGUGGCCGCGUCUGUCUUCUGUACACCAGCGCUGUAAUAUGGCAGUAUGGGAACACUGACCCUUUAAAGGUGUGUAGUAUUUGAACCUUUUUGUUUUUUUGAAAAUGAAUUCUUGCUGAUAUGAAAGAUGGCUACUUUCCUUGUGUUUCCAAACUUUUACCGCAAGCGAUGCAUGUUAAUAUUAAGAACGAGCGUCUGGCCUUUUAGCAUACCACCCUGCAUACCACUGCUGGCUUGCUUCUGAAGCUAAGCAGGGUUGGUCCUGGUCAGUCCUUGGAUGGGAGACCAGAUGCUGCUGGAAGUGGUGUUGGAGGGCCAGUAGGAGGCACUCUUUCCUCUGGUCUAAAAAAAUAUCCCAAUGCCCCAGGGCAGUGAUUGGGGACACUGCCCUGUGUAGGGUGCCGUCUUUCGGAUGGGACGUUAAACGGGUGUCCUGACUCUCUGAGGUCAUUAAAGAUCCCAUGGCACUUAUCGUAAGAGUAGGGGUGUUAACCCCGGUGUCCUGGCUAAAUUCCCAAUCUGGCCCUCAAACCAUCAUGGUCACCUAAUAAUCCCCAGUUUACAAUUGGCUCAUUCAUCCCCCUCCUCUCCCCUGUAACUAUUCCCCAGGUCGUUGCUGUAAAUGAGAACGUGUUCUCAGUCAACUUACCUGGUAAAAUAACGGUAAAAUGAAUAAAAAAUAAAAAUAAAAAACUCCGCCGGCAAGAAGAUGCUAAGUUUAGUAGAGGCGCUAAAGGUAGUUGGCGUCAAUGAAUGGCUUUACCAGGUAGCUAAUUUAUACACAUUGCGGUGAUCAAAAUCACUGCCUUGUAACGGUUAACGCGAGGUAAAAUAGUUUAUUUUGCAAUUGGAACCUGCCAUCUUCAUAAUCGUUUUUAUUAAAUAACUUGUUUUAAAUAGGCAAACUAGUGUCAACAACAUUUACAGAUAUUAGCAAAUUAGCUAGCUAGUAGAUACUUUUUCAUGCGAUCCAACACCACCGCCAUCCAACAUCUUGCCGCCAAAUAUCAUAGACGUUGGUUUAUUUUUCAUAAACCAGCCAAUGCAGUUGCUUUUGGCUGGUUUAUGAAGAAAUAAACUAAUGUAUUUUUUGUGUGUUGGAUUUGUAAAUUAGCAGACUAACCCGGACACUUGUGUUUUCAAGUCUCAGCUAGUUUUGUGUGAGGCUUGUUUUAGCUGCAAUCUUUAAGCCGGUGUAGACCAGUUUGUCUGCCUGACUCAUUAGACAUUAACUAGCAGGUUAGCUGCUGUGUCCUAUAUAAAGACAUCCCAUUUAAAUACGUAAAAAAGUAGGCCUGUAUUUUACCUCAAUCGGGUGUAACCUUUUCUAUGGAGAUUAAUAACAUGCAAUUGAGGUACAACAUGCUACCACAUUUAAAUUCACACAGAAUAUUAUGUUUUUCUAUGUUUACAAAUGUAUGUGAAUGUGUUACAUGAAAUGUGUCAAACAAGCAAGAAGCUUUGUUUACAAGAUUGUUGUGGGAGUUUGUUUUUAGUGGCGACUGCAACACAUUUAGAUUACCUUAAUCUCAUUAUAACAUUCCGUCACAACCACUACCUUGUCUAUUUAAGAUUGUGCUGACUUUCUAAGCCUGAAAGAGCCGCAAGCCGUGGCAGUCUAUAUACAUUACGCAACCUUGAGUACAUAAUAAAGCAUUGCAUGCAGUGCAUGAUGUACUCAUUGUUAACUUAGCCAAUUCAGGGUGAGGGUCCAUUGUAUUAACUUAUGUUCAGUGUCAAAGAAACAAGGCAGUAUGUGGAUUCAUUAUGAUGAUUUAAUGUGUGUUGAACCAAUUAAUGACACUAAAACAUUCUAAAUAGGGAACGAUGGGGAUGAUAUAUAAUAUUGCGAGUAGUUUGCCAGCUCCCUUAAUUUGGUGAGGAAAAGGCUCCAUUUUAGGCCUAAGGGUUUUGGUUAAUCCUAAAAACCGUACCAAAUGUUUGAAACUUGCCUUGUAUUUUGCUUUUUAAAAAGCAGAUUUUAUAGAAAAGUCCCACACUGUAACCUGCCCUAUACGAUUUCAAUUGGUAAACCUAACAAAAAACAUUGAUUUGUCAGGACAGUCUGGGGAGACUGGACUUUGCAUUGGGCCUUUUACUCUGUGAGGUCCUCCAUUGACCCAGAUAUACAGAGUGGCAUGAAAGCUUUAGAGGGCAUGUCCCAGAGGACUGCAGAUGCCUCUGAAGAUACAGCACACAGGCAGUCCCCAUGCUGGACGGGCAGUUUUCCGCUAUGGAAACUCCAGAUCAUUAAUACAAUUAUAUUUCUGUUGCGCUCCAGCUUCGUUUUGAGCAAAACGUUGGUUGGAGAAGUAGGUUAUAGAAAGCAGGCAACCAUUUUCCCUUCGGUUAAACGAGGUCAGGAAAAGCACUUUUUGAAGCAUUUCCUAUGCAAAUGAGCGCAGUCAUGAAGUAUGAUGUGCUCAUAAAAGCCCAUUGAUUUAUGUAACUGAAUAUUAAUACAUAUGACUCUCAGAUAAAUCUUUAUUGCUAGUAGCAUUUAUUUCCCUGUCUGCCGCGGAAAGUGUGUUCAGGAUUCAUGUUGUUGGUUUGCUCUUUUGAUUGUGUGCCCAUUUUCUGGGUGACCAUUUUAUGUCAGCAUAAUUGGUCACUGGGUAGGCUAAAUGCUGCAUACAAACAACUGUAAUGACUAAGAUCACUAUUUCUCACCUGUUGCAGGACAUUUUGUGUUCGUGUUUAUAUUUUGCAGUCACAUGCCUAUCACACCUGCUUUUGAAACACCCUAUUUGUCCCCAGCUAACAUUCACACAAAAUAGAAACCUAGUUUACACUGAGUAGGUGGCCUGUGGAGCAUGACCCUAUGUAGUUAGAAAACUGUAGCACAUUAACUUGACAACCAUUCCAUGCAGUCAGGCUUCUGUCUUUUUGCUAUGCUAGGCCAGUUAGGACUACAUGUAGCCUACAGUACUGGUGAGUCACACUGAUUUCAGGAGGGGUGUACUGGAGCGGUCUUCUUGGUCAGGUCUCUUUCCAAAAUGUUUUAUUAUUAUUUUUUAUUUUUUUGUUGAUGGAACUUGCUGGUAGGUUACUAAGUUUGAUACAAGCUAGAGAAACUAAUUUUAGUUAUGAUUUUCGUUCAGGCCUAUGUGAAGUCACUAUCUGCAUUUACUUGGGUUUGUUUUGUACAGCCUUUGCUAUGAAGGUGACCUUUUUGUUAUGGUUAAAAGGAUCCUGCCACCCUUAGCUAAAAGGUCACAUGAUUUUUAGAGCCAGAGGCAGCUGUGCCUCCAACCCCAAUCCACAAGUUUGACUUUGGACAUGUAAAUGGGUACAUGCUGUUUCUGGUCUUCAGGGGGCCAACUAUUCAGAAAAUGUCCGCCUACCACCACACAUUGUUGUCCUACUAUGCAAAGAUACAAUAAAGAAAGAGGGUGUGGCUCAGGCGUUGUCCGAACAUGGUCGUCUUUGUUCAAGCGGCGCUACAUAGGGAUCCCUGAGUUUGUUCUGAAGAAUUUCUCAUCACUGAUCUCCUGGGUUGUUUAUUCAAGUGGGCCUGGAUUUUGAAGGUAUGCCACGGUCUUCUUCUCCUGUGUUGCUUUAAGAUUGUUCCGUGGGCUUCGGUAGAAAUAACAGUACAGGGGGCUGACUCUACAGAGUGCGCCUCGAGCCGUGCAAAUGUUAUUCCUCUGUUGCUCCUCCUGGGUAUUAAAUCCUGUACAGAAUGUCCUCCACGUCAGAUCAGGUGUUUCGUUUAAUAACUAAGCCCUGCACUUCUCAACACAAUGACAAACUGACAGAGAAUGUAAUAGAUUUACAGACACAGUUUUGAAUCAUAUCUGACAUUUAAAUUUUCAUCCAUCUGCUUUGCCCUUCAUGAAAUGUAUCUGUUUUUAUUAGUGGCUUUUGAUUUAAUGCAAGUCAUUCAACUUGUCUAUGUCUGCAAUGGGUCUGAGUAUCAAGGACUCUAAAAAGCCAUUUGGCAUGAACUAUUUUGGUUAAUUAUGAUACUCAAACCCCUACUCUUUUCAUGUACCUCUCAUUCAUGUGUUUUAUUAACCUUUUGUUUCUUUCUUUUUUGCCUGCUUGCCUUUUCCAUCGCAUUUUACUUUCACCUCCAUAAAAUUGUCGGAUUUGCUAAAAACCAAUCUGAACCCAAAUCAAUGUAAACCACCCCUCCCCCACAAUGGCCUGUUCAGCUGGUUUUGUCAAGUCGCCCCUGUCCCAGAUGAAACUGAUAGAGGACAUUGCAGAGCUGCACUGUGAGGUGACAGGGAACCCCAUCCCAGAGGUGCAGUGGUGGUUCAUAGAGGGCGAGGAGCCUGACGAGACCACGACCCAGCUGUUCGAUGGGGCUCGGCAAGACCGUGUCGGGAUCAACGCCACCUACAUCCUGCACGCCACCAGCUCCAUUCACCUUUUAAACCUCACGCUCAAUGACUCCGGCACGUACGAGUGCCGCGCUUCCAACGACCCCGACCGCAACGAGCUGAAGAAGGCACCCAAAAUCAAGUGGAUCCGCUCGCAGGCUAACGUUAUAGUGUUUGAAUGUGAGUGUUGGGAGGUCCUACGUACAGCCAGGCAGCGUCUCCCUGUAGAGGACAGCGAGGGGUCCAGCUCCUGUCCCACACCUUCUCCUGCCCUCUGCCCUGUUUCACCCAGACUCCCCUACUCUCCCCUCACUGAGCUCCCAUGAUGUCCAGUAGUGGAAAGCAAACCUGACCACAAGGCGUGGCCGGGCCUCUCCUUAGACGUGUCCUACCUGCCGUAGCACUACCCUCAAUCUGAUGCCUUUUUUUACUGGGCCUAUGUCAAAGCCUUAUUUUAAAUGAAUUAGGAAAAUAUUUCACAUAAUAUUGAUAAUACUGGUCAUAAGGUCUGAAACCUGCAAAUGGCUACAUCUAAUUUUUGAAUCAUAAAAUGUUCAUUUUGUUUAUAAAAGGGUCAGAUUGUGGGUUGGUUAGCUUCUUGUUGGCUUCCAUUUUGUCUAUUUUGCUGUCUUGUCCAAGGUAUAGAAUGUGUAAUUGAUACUAACAUUGACACUGCCCUGUGGUGUUUACACUCUUUAGACCUGUUAGACCUGACUAGGCUCUUUAGGAGUACUAAAUUAUCUACAGGAGAUAGCAACCCAGCUUUCUGAUUCUCAGCCAUAGGGCAUCUUUCCAGUAUUUGUUGUUUUCUCUACCUGAACCAAACCAAAAGAUCCUCUUAUUUGUUCCUCUUCUCUGUUAGUGGAACACCAACCUACCAUACCCUGCCGGUUGCUUCUUCUGCAUGUGUUGAUUACAAGCUCCUGUCCUCAUGGUCUCCUAGAUUAACUUCCCUGUGUAACCCCUCUUCUCUUGAACUCUUGGUUCAGCCCGAGCUCUCCAUUUUUAGGUGCCUGCCCAUGUGAUCCGCCUCUUCUUGGAAAGCUCUGCGCUGCCUUUUAUAUUGUGCUGUUCUUGGCUUGAAAUUUGAUUAUGAAAGUAAUAACAUUUGACAAGCUAAGCUAGACCUUAUCAGUUGUCACUAUGAAGUUUAGGAUAAAGGAUAGUAAAGCAAAGUCAAUCUCUGAACAGUCAAGGUUUGUGCUGCAACAUGUUGGUAUCAAGAGCCAUUUAUCCUGUAAACCCUAUACAUGCAUACCUUUUAAGUUUGGAUUAAAUCCACUACUUAGAUAUAACAUUUUAUUUUGUGUGUUUAGUUACCCUAAACUAUUUUAGCAAUAUCCUGUACGUGAAAAGACAUGCAAGAAUUAGUUACGCUUGGCUUGUCGUCGUGGUAACGUUACUACGGUAAUGAUUCUACUAGAAGUGGUCGUGUCAAAGGAUGGCUUAAUAUGUUGACUUUGU